UGGGCACGGUGGCGGAUCUCCAACCUGACCGCCGUCAACAGGUUCCUGCAGCGACGCGGCCCUGAUUCCACGCAGGUUGUACAGCAUGGCCGCUUCACUUUUGUUCACAAUUUGUUGCACAUGACUGGGGAGCGUAUUGCACAGCCGUUCGUUGACGGGGACGUGGUUGCAUUGUACAAUGGCGAGAUCUACAAUUCACAGCUUGUGCCAGCGGGGUAUCCAGGGAGGCAUCGUUACCGUUCGGAUGGAGAAUGUCUCAUACCGUGCUACAACAAACUCGGUUCGAGCUUUCCGAAGGUCCUGGACGGCGAGUUUGCUUUGGUGCUAAUCGAUUUCUCCAAGAGCAUCAUUAUCAUGGCAACCGAUGUCUUUUCGACGAAACCGCUGUGGUAUUCUCUGCACGAAGGUUUCCACGCUGCCUCCUACCAGUCAGCCCUGCUUGGACUGGGCCUUCCACCCGGAUCGGUCAAGAUGGCCGACCCCAACCAGGUGCUGGUGCUCCAGCUGGAGGGUUCCUCGGCCACGCCCGUCGCGCGGCAAACCCUGCACGAGUUCGAUCUGCGGCAGUUCAAGUCGUCCACUGCAGACUGGCAGCGGGCGUUCCGACGGGCGGUGUGGAAGAGGGUCGCGGGCUCCAACCACCCUGCGUUCGUGGGGCUGAGCAGCGGCUACGACUCGGGGGCGCUCCACUUGGCCCUGGAGCUCGAAGCGCCGGCGCACUCGGUCGGCUACUUCACGAUCGGCGCCGAGGAGUCGGCCUUCCUGGUGGACGAGCGCAUCAAAGCGUUCAAUAAAUCCGUCUCACGAGCCUGGUGGGUUGAGAUGUCUUUGCCGGAAUUCCAGGCGGAGAAGGAGUGGUUGAUGGAGAACGCCGAGCCCUUCCAGUACGGCAAGAGCAACUGGGCUGGAGAGUACGUGUACGAGGACGGUGCGGCCAUCGGCUUGUCGGCCAUCUUCAGGCGCUGCCGCCGUGCAGGCAUGCUGGUCUACCUCUCUGGCGCCGGGGCCGACGAGAUUAUCCGGAAGCUCUUCCCUCACAGCUCGUUCGGUGGGAAGUUUCCGGAUGACCUGGCUUCGCUCUUCCCGUGGCAGUCCGUUUUCUUGGGCACGCAGCGGGAUUAUCUCAUGAAAGAGGAAGUGGUAGCCGGCGGACAUGGGCUCGAGGCGCGCUACCCUUUUUUGGAUCGCUCUGUGGUGCAGGAGUUCCUGUGGCUCUCCGCAGAGGCGAAGAACGAGCUGUACAAGAGGCCAGUCCAUGACUUCUUGACGCAGGCGUGCUACCCGUUCGCAGAGGGCAAGAAGGAGGGGUUCGCUGCGAGCCACAACCUGAAGCCGUCUGGGCCCACCCAGAUGUCGGUGUCCUUCGAUGCCAUGGCGGAGCCCUGGGCUGCAGCGCCACCGGCGCCGACGCUCGUCGAGGCCGCAGGCAGCGCAGGUUCCCUCGACGGCGCAUGCGAGGGCGAUGCCUGGCGCUCUGCGCGGUCGCGGCUGGUGACCUUCCUGCUGAUGCCAGAGAGCAAGGCCGCAGCCGUGCAGGGCCUGGCGGCCGCUCUGCUCGACGCGCUGCAGCACGGCCUUCGGGCGGCGCCCGGCUGCGACCUCGGCCAGCUCUGCAUGCACCUCUUCUCGGGGGCCCCCCUGCGCGACGGCAGGUGGGCGCCGCUGGCGGCGCUGCCGUGGGUCGCCGCGUCGCGCUCGGGGUGGCCAGUGUUCGCGCUGCUGAGGCGCCUGGCCGCGCAGUCGACGGGGGGGGCCCCCGCGGCCGCGCUGCCGCACGCGGCGGAGCUCGACGUGCCGCUCGCCGCGCUGGCGGCCAGCGCGAACGCGGCCGCCGCGGCGGUGCUGGCCAGCGCCCGCAUGUGCGAGGCGUUUGCCGUGCUGGAAGUCCUCAGCGAGGAGCACUACCGAGUGAACCUCGCAGACGCCUGGCAGCUCCUGGAAUUCAAAUGA